GCAGGGCGCACCGGAAGCCGGAAGUACCAUCAGCACCGGAAGGCGGAAGUGCAGGCGGGGCGCGAUGGCGGCGACGGUGUCGGCCCUCAGCAGCCUGGGGGUGCCCGAGGCCGAUGUUGGGAGCGAGGAGGAAGAGGAGGAGGAGGAGGCCGAGCCCGGCCCUUCCGCGGCGGCGGCGGCGGCGGAGCAGAGACGGGAGGAGCGGCUGCGCCGGUUCCGGGAGCUCCACAUGAAGCGGUACGAGGCCUGCAAGCUGAACAGCCAGGAGGUGGUGGAGGAGGACAAGAGGCUGAAGUUGCCCCCGAACUGGGAAGCUAAAAAAGCUCGGCUGGAGUGGGAGCUGCAGGUGCAGGAGAAGAAGAAGGAGUGCGCCGCCAGGGGCGAGGACUACGAGCGCGUGAAGCUGCUGCAGGUGAGCGCCGAGGACGCCGAGAGGUGGGAGAGGAAGAGGAAGAGGAAGAACCCCGACCUGGGAUUCUCAGACUUCGCGGCCGCGCAGCUGCGCCAGUACCAGCGGCUCACCCGGCAGAUCAGGCCCGACCUGGAGCAGUACGAGAAGCUCAAGGAGCAGUGCGGCGAGGCCCUGUACCCCACCUCGGACAGCCUCCUGCACGGCACACACGUGCCCUCCAAGGAGGGCGUGGACAGGAUGGUGGCAGACCUGGAGAAGCAGAUCGAGAAGAGGGAGAAGUACAGCCGGAGGCGGCCCUACAACGACGACGCCGACAUCGACUACAUCAACGAGAGGAACGCCAAGUUCAACCAGAAGGCCGAGAGGUUCUACGGGAAAUACACGGCUGAGAUCAAACAGAACCUGGAGAGGGGCACGGCCGUGUGAGCCUGCCUGGCACAGCUCAGCUCAAACUGAGCCUGGGCCCUGUGAGCCUGCCUGGCACAGCUCAUACCGAGCCUGGGCCCUGUGAGCCUGCCGGGCUCAGCUCGCUCCCGGCUCCUCUGUUGCAUUUUCUGUUUUAAAUUGUAUCAGAAGUAGGCUGUAGCUGCUCUCUCAGCUCGGUGUUUGGUGUGCUGAGCACUGUGCAGAAUUCAGCUGUAAAUAGCUUCGGCUGCAGGAGGAGCCGGGUUCUUUCUGCCUUCCGUGCUCUAAAUAAACUCUUUGGUCUAA